AUAAUUCCUUAAAUUACACUCUCCUCGCCUCGCCGCACUGAAUUCUUCUCGGAUACGCGCACCCCACGCCACCCUCCCCACCUCACAUGCUUCUUCUUCUCGCACGCACCACUGUACCGAAGGAACGCUAACAAACCAGAUCCUGUCAAUCCUUUUCUCACUGCGCUCUCCGGAUUUGCUGUCUCGCCAAUCUCUCGAUUUGCUCUUGCAUUGCAUCACAUCAUAUCGCAUGUGCCGUCAGAGUUCAAUUAAAUGUAUGCAGUGAACUGAGGCAUGCGUGGGCGCCAUAUUGAAAACUUCUCGAUGUACAAACGUGUAUCUUCUAGAGAAUCUAUCAACGGCUCUGAUAGGGAAGAACUUUUAGGCAUAUCACAGAGUGAUUUGUGGAGGGAUGUUGGAAAUCCUUCAUGGAAGCGUCCAUUGCCACACGUACUGGUGGCAACUAUGGCAUCACUGUUGUAUGGCUAUCAUCUGGGGGUUGUUAAUGACACGUUGGAGAGCAUUUCUCAGGACCUAGGCUUCAGCGGUGACGCUUUGGCUGAAGGUUUGGUGGUGAGUACAUGCUUAGGAGGUGCAUUUCUUGGCUGUAUAUUCAGUGGUUCGAUAGCUGAUGGCCUCGGUCGUAAGAGAUCAUUUCAGUUAUGUGCUCUAUUAAUGAUAGCUGGUGCAUGCAUGAGUGCCCAAACAAGCAAUCUAUCAGGUAUGCUUCUUGGAAGGUUCUUGGUUGGAACUGGGAUGGGUCUUGGUCCCCCAGUUGCAGCUCUAUAUGUGUCGGAGGUUUCUCCAGAUUUUGUGCGGGGAACUUAUGGCAGCUUCACCCAGAUUGCAGCGUGCCUUGGACUCUUGGUAGCACUUUUCGUUGGAAUUCCUGCCAAGACAAUUCCUGGUUGGUGGAGAAUGUGCUUUUGGGUCUCUGCUGUUCCUGCCGCACUACUAGCUUUUUUCAUGCAGUUCUCUGCUGAGUCUCCACAUUGGCUUUUCAAGAAAGGAAGAGUAGCUGACACUGAGGUUGAAUUUGAGAGGCUUUUUGGAGCACCACAUGUUAAAUUUGCAGUGGCAGAAUUGUACAAAUCAGACAAAGGGGAUGAUGUGAAUGCAAUUAAAUUUUCAGAUUUAUUCCACGGGCGUCAUUAUACAGUGGUAUACAUUGGGGCAGUCCUUUAUGCUUUGCAACAGCUAUCUGGCAUAAAUGCUGUAUUUUAUUUCUCGUCAACUGUAUUUAAAAGUGCUGGAGUUCCUUCAGAUAUUGGAAACAUAUGUGUGGGAGUCGUCAACACAGCAGGAUCCAUUGUUGCAAUGAUUUUGAUGGAUAAAUUAGGAAGGAAGCCUCUUCUUGUUUGGAGUUUCUUGGGCAUGGCAAUAGCAAUGGGAUUUCAAGUCCUUGCAGGAAGUGACAGUUUACCUGCUUCUGGAAAGAUGUAUCUAUCCGUUGGCGGGAUGAUGCUGUUUGUCUUGACGUUUUCUUUGGGAGCCGGACCGGUGCCUGGUCUCCUCCUAUCUGAGAUAUUCCCUAGCCGAAUUAGAGCUAAAGCAAUGGCUCUUUGCAUGGGUGUGCAUUGGGGCGUAAAUUUCUUUGUGGGGUUAUUAUUCCUGCAACUGCUGGAGUUGCUGGGGCCAAAAGUGCUGUACAGUAUAUUUGGGAGCUUCUGCUUUUGCGGAAUGGUGUUUGUGAGGAAACAUGUUGUGGAAACCAAAGGGAAGUCUCUCCAAGACAUUGAAAUGUCUCUUCUUCCUCCUCCUGCUGUUGCUGACUUCUGAUUCUCAUUCUGUCUUUUUGGCUUAUUAUAAUAUUCUUCUUGUUCCUGAUGAUGAUGAUGAUUCUUGACUUCAAAUUAUGUGCAUCAUAUUUUUUUAAAAAUUUGUUUGCAUUAGCGAAAAUCACACGGAAAAUUUGAAGAGUUAUUUGUGGGUAGUUUCGUAUUUCA